CUCUAUCGCGCAGAUUCGAGACCCUACGCUACCAUCCAGGCCAGCAAGGGCUUUUUGCCCAAGGGCCAAUCCAACUUUGGCGUUGCCGCGCCAGACACCAGCCUGUGGAACCACGUCAACGGAGCCAGCACAGGCUUCAGCAAGGACGAUGACGGCUACGUCUCCACGACCUCGGACCGCGACCUGGCCGAGACCUGGGUCAACCGCUACCUGAGCGGUAACGGCUUCGUCUACCGCAUCCACUCAGCCCCCAACAUGAUUGACUGCCAGGGCACCCUCAAAAAGUACAACCCGUUCCCGGACGAGGAAGAGUUCGCCGCCCUUGGCGGCAUCAAGGAAAACCAGAUCAUCGGCUGGACCCCCAUCAGCGGCGGCGUCAAGGGCAAGGAGCAGCUGAACCCCUUUUACGAGGGCAACAUUUACAGCAACAUGGGCACCGGCGGAUCGCAGUACAAGCUCGCCGCCUUCCCUCCCAACCACCCCGCCUGGAGUGAAGCCCCUUGGUCGCAGUUCUCUUCUUGC